AUGGACCAAAUGAGAGACGAUAACGACCCCACUAGCUUUAUAUUUCACAUUGUCAGUCGAACUUCCAAAGACGGGCCAAUACCGUUAAGAGAGCUGUUGAUACAGGUAUAUAAAAAGUGGGACGGAAUCAUGGCACAGCGAGGUUUAACAAGCCUAUGCCCCAUUUACUUUUCAAGGAAGGAGAUUGAGCAAAGCCGGCAGCAGGCAGAGGCAUGGGCGGCCGCGUUCAGUCAAUAUGAUAAUUUGAGAGCUCAAAUAAGUGGUGAAGAAGGAUGGGUCUCACAUGAUGACUACGAAGAGGCCACGAAAAGGUGGAAGGAGAACGAGAAAACAUUGCAAGCUUUGCGAAAGCAAUUGGAAGCGUUGGUGUAA